UGUAUAGUUAUAAAAGAUCGUCUCCAUCUUCAACAACACAAUCGAUCCGCCUGCGUUGCAAUGGGAAAGAUUCAAUCUUUUAAGGACGAAUUCACUUUUGACCAAAGGCUCGAAGAAUCUCGCGAUAUCAUCGCUAAAUAUCCCAAUCGCGUACCUGUGAUUGUGGAAAGAUACUCAAAAUCAGAUCUUCCUGAAAUGGAAAAGCAAAAGUAUCUGGUUCCACGGGACAUGUCUGUCGGACAAUUCAUUCAUAUUUUAAGCUCGAGGCUUCGUCUGAGCCCUGGGAAAGCACUCUUUGUGUUCGUGAAGGACACAUUACCACAAACAGCCACUCUUAUAGACUCUGUUUACGACUCGUACAAAGAGGACGACGGGUUUCUGUAUAUGUGUUACAGCAGCGAGAAAACCUUUGGUUGUGCUACUAAUCUGAUUACUCGGCCAUAAGCUUUGUGCGAUACUGUAAAAUCUCUUGGUUCCCUUCUGUCUUUGGAUGAUGGGUCUUGACUGUCAAAGCUCGGCCUGGUAUUUUGGUGUUGUAGCAUCUUUUAACCAUCAUUCAUUCUGUAAGUGUCCUAAUAACAUUUAAUUCGUUUUACUAGUUAUUGUUAUCAAUGUGUACGAACUUGCACCCAAAUGUGUAACAUUGGUGUAAGUUUCCAGUAAUCUAUGUAUAUUGCUUACAAAUAAGUAAAACUUGUGGAAUCCUGCAUUGGUUUUAUGUGUUUUAA